UGAUGCUGAAUAAAUACCAAUCAUUGAUUUCCUCUUCCCCACCCCAUGUCUAAGGCCCAACUGUCCAUGCACUUUCCUGACCCCCUGUUUCCCUGCAGAUGCCAUCACGAUGGAGGAGUUCCUGGCAAAACUGUGUGGCACUAGCCCAGCCCAACCGCUCCCACUCUGGGUGGAAGGCACCACAGGGCACUGCUUCACCCAGCUGAUCUUGAAUACCCUUCCCCAUGCGCUCCUUGCUCUGCUCAGCGCCUGCUAUCUGGGCACUCCAAGGUGUCUGGGCUCCAUCGCCCACAGCAGCCCUGGCUGGAGGCUGAGGGUCACCGCCUCCUUCCUCCUCUCAGCCCUCCCUCUGCUGGACCUGCUUCCCGCAGCCGGGCCCCCGCGGGCGGGUCCCGGGCCCCUGGGGCUGGAGGUUUUGUCGGGGGGCACGGCAGCGGUGGCCUGGCUCACGCAUGGCCUGACGCUAUGGGCACUGGCCCGGUCACCGCACGGCCGCUCCCGCGGGCCUCCGGCCCUGGCUCUGAUUGCCCUCCUGUCCGCCCCCGCCCUGGUGCUGACCCUAUUCUGGCACUGCCAUCAAGGCACGCUCCUGCCCCCGCCGCGCCUGGGACCCCUGGCCCGCUUCUGCCUCCUCGCCCUGCAGCUGGCCACCCUCCUGGCCUACGGGUUGGGCUGGGCACUGCCCGGGGGGCGCCGCCCGGCAUCCGGGGACCACGAGCCACUCCUGCCGGAGGAGCCCGAGGGCACCGAGGACGGAGAGAGCUGGCUGUCGUGCCUGUCCUACGCCUGGCUGGCCCCCCUGUUGGACCGGGGAAGCCGAGGGCAGCUCCGCCAGCCCCGGGACACCUGCGUUUUGCCCGCGGGGCUGCGCACGGCCCCCGUGGGCCGCCUCUUCAGGGCGCGCUGGCGGGAGCGGGCCGGGGCGGGGCCCCCGCGUCUGUGGCAGGUGCUGCUCUCUGCCUUCGGGCGCCGUUAUCUGGCCCUGGGGCUGCUGAAACUGGCGGGGACGGCGCUGGGGUUCUCCGGGCCCCUGCUUCUGUCCCUCCUGGUGGGCUUCUUGGAGCAGGGCCACCAAGAGCUCAGCUGGGGGCUGCUGUACGCCCUGGGGCUGGCGGCGGGGGCCACGGCCGGGGCCCUCCUGCGGAACCAGUACGGCUACCGGGUGCAGAAAGUGGCUCUGCGGGCGCGGGCGGCCGUGCUUGGGGCCCUUUACCGGAAGGCCUUGCGCUUGGGGCCCACCAGGCCCUCCACCGGCGAGGUGCUCAACCUCCUGGGCACCGACGCCGAGCGGCUGCUCAACCUGGCCCCGAGCUUCCACGAGGCCUGGGGCCUGCCCCUGCAGCUGGCCGUCACCCUCUACCUCCUCUACCAGCAAGUGGGCCUGGCCUUCCUCGGGGGGCUGGGCCUGGCGCUGUUGCUGGUGCCCGUCAACAAGGUGCUGGCCACCCGCAUCAUGGUCAACAACCAGGAGAUGCUGCGGCAUAAAGAUGCCCGAGUCAAGCUGAUGACAGAGCUGCUCGGAGGCAUGCGGGUCAUCAAGUUCUGCGCUUGGGAGCAAGCCCUGGGGGCCCGCGUGGAGGACUGCCGAGCCCGGGAGCUGCAGAGCCUCCGGGCCACCAAGUUCCUGGAUGCCGCCUGCGUGUACCUGUGGGCAGCCCUGCCCGUGGUCAUCUCCAUCCUCAUCUUCGUCACCUACGUCCUCACGGGCAACCAGCUCACCGCCACCAAGGUGUUCACAGCUUUGGCCCUCGUGGGCAUGCUGAUUAUGCCGCUCAACAGCUUCCCUUGGGUCCUCAAUGCCCUCCUGGAGGCCAAGGUGUCUCUGGGCCGGAUCCAGUGUUUCCUCGAUCUUCCAGAGCACGACUCAAAGUCCUACUACCACCCAGAGCCUCCCUCUGAUCCAUCAGUUGAGCUGGAGUUGCAUGAAGCCUCAGUCUCCUGGGCCUUGGCUGGGAAUGGCCUGGACAUCUUCAUUCCCCACCUCAAGGUGCCCAAGGGGACAUUGGUGGGCAUCGUGGGCAAAGUAGGCUGUGGAAAGAGCUCUCUGCUGGCUGCCAUCACUGGGGAACUCAACAGGCUGGGCGGACGGGUGGCAGUGCGAGACCUAUCCCGGGGCUUCGGCCUGGCCACCCAGGAGCCCUGGAUCCAGUUUGCCACCGUGCGGGACAACAUCCUCUUUGGGAAGGCCAUGGAUACUCGCCUCUACCAGGAGGUCUUGGACGCCUGUGCCCUCUGGGAUGACCUGAAGAUUCUACCUGCCGGGGACCAAACGGAGGUGGGGGAGAAGGGCGUCACCCUCAGCGGAGGACAGCGGGCCCGCAUCGCCCUUGCCAGAGCUGUCUACCAGGAGAAGGAGCUCUACCUGCUAGAUGACCCGUUAGCCGCCGUGGAUGCGAAUGUGGCCAAUCACCUUCUGCACAAAUGUAUCCUGGGAAUCCUGGGCCAUACCACCCGGCUCCUGUGCACCCACCGCACCGAGUUCUUGGAGCAAGCCAGCCUGGUGCUUUUACUGGAAGGAGGACGCCUGGUGCAGGCAGGACCCCCUGCGGAGAUACUCCCCCUGGUACAGGUCACCCCUCUGGCCCGGACUGAGAAUGGACAGGAGCCAGAGCCAGCAGCCAGUCCGGCAGCCCCGAGCCCCCGGGAGGCCGGGCCGGGACCAGGAGAAGGGACCGAAGCCCCCAGCUGCCUCCUGCAAGAGGAGGAGAAGAAGGAGGGCGCGGUGGCCUUCCAGGUGUAUCAAGCUUACUGGGCGGCCGUGGGCGGAGGGAUGGCCUUGGCCAUCCUCCUCUCCCUGCUCCUCAUGCAAGGCACCCGGAACGCAGCCGACUGGUGGCUCUCUCACUGGAUCUCCCGGCUGAAGGCCAGUGAGAACGGCACCCAAGAGGCCGCCGCCGCCACGCUCCUCUCCCCUCGGCUGCUCCUCUUCUCCGCCGGAGACCUCUCCCUCCCGGUGCCCCCGAUGGGCAGCAGCUCCUCCACGAACAGCUCCCUGGACGUGCGCUUCUACCUGACGGUGUACGGCUCCAUCGCCGGGGCCAACUCCCUCUGCACCCUCCUGCGUGCCCUGCUGUUCGCGGCGGGCACCCUGAGGGCGGCCGCCACCCUCCACCGCCGCCUGCUGCGCCGUGUGCUCAUGGCGCCGGUCGCGUUCUUCCAGGCCACGCCAGCGGGCCGCAUCGUGAACCGCUUCUCGUCGGACGUCGCCUGCGUGGACGACAGCCUCCCCUUCAUCUUGAACAUCCUGCUGGCCAACGCGUUCGGGCUGCUGGGCCUCGUGACGGUCCUGGCGGCCGGGCUGCCCUGGCUGCUGCUGCUGCUGCCGGCCCUGGGGGUCCUCUACCUCUCCGUGCAACGGCGCUACCGGGCCUCGGCCCGCGAGCUGCGGCGUCUCUGCAGCCUCACCCUGUCCCCCCUCUACACCCACCUGGCCGAGAGCCUGGCUGGACUCGGGGUCCUCCGGGCCACCCGGGCCAUCCCCCGGUUCACGGAUGACUUUGAGCGGCUGCUGGAGGACAGUCAGCGCUGCCAGUUUGCCGCCAAGGCCACCCUGCAGUGGCUGGAUAUCCGCCUGCAGCUGAUGGGCGCUGCUGUGGUCAGCGCCAUUGCGGGCAUAGCCCUGGCCCAACACAGCCAGCGACUCGCCAACCCAGGGCUCGUGGGACUGGCCCUGUCCUACGCCCUGUCCCUGACGGGCCUGCUCUCGGGGUUGGUGAGCACCAUGACGCAGACCGAAACCAUGAUGGUGAGCGUGGAGAGGGUGGAGGAGUACGCCAGCACCCUGCCUAGUGAACCUCAGGGCCAUGCUUCGUCUCCUCCCUCUCUUCCCAUCCGUCACCCUCUCCAUGCCCACCAGGGAUUCCCCGACUGGCUGACCCGGGGCCGGGUGGAAUUCCAGGACGUGUCCCUGCGGUACCGAGCGGGGCUGCCCCCGGCUCUGGCCGGCGUCAGCUUCACGGUGUUUCCCGGAGAGAAGCUGGGCAUCGUGGGCCGCACCGGCUCCGGCAAGUCCUCCCUCCUGCUAGUGCUCUUCCGCCUGCUGGAACCCAGCGCCGGCCGCGUGCUGCUGGAUGGCACCGACACUGCUCGGCUGGACCUGCGGCAGCUCAGGACCAGCCUGGCCAUCAUCCCUCAGGAGCCCUUCCUGUUCAGCGGGACGGUGCGGGACAACCUGGACCCCCGGGGCCGGCACGAGGACGCCACCCUUUGCGAAGCCCUGGGCCAGUGUCACCUGCUCCAAGUCAUCGCGUCCCUGGGUGGCCUGGAUGCGGAGCUCGGGGAAGGGGGCCGCCUCCUGUCCCUGGGCCAGAGGCAGCUGCUGUGCCUGGCGAGAGCCCUUCUCACCGACGCCAAGAUCCUCUGCAUCGACGAGGCCACGGCCAGCGUGGACCAACAGACGGACCGGCUGAUCCAGCAGACCAUCCGUCAGCGCUUUGCUGACAAGACCGUGCUGACCAUCGCCCACAGGCUCAACACCAUCCUGGACUCGGACCGGGUGCUCGUGCUGCAGGCGGGCAAGGUGGCGGAAAUGGACACGCCCGCCGCCCUGUGCAGCCGCCCCGACUCCAUCUUCUACCAGCUGCUCCAGAACAGCCAAAGGUGACGGGCCAGCCCCCGACCGCACAGGGCAGACGGACACGGACGUAGCUCGGGGCCCCCGUACAGCUAGGCCCUGGGACCGGCCUCGCCGCCACCGAACCUUCCUCGUAACAACAACAACUGUGGUAUUUGUUCAGCACCUGCUGUGGAUCAAGCGCUGGAGGAGAUGCAAGAUAAUCCGGUUGAACACGGUCCCCGUGGUACAUGGGGCUCUGGGUCUCAGGGUGAGGCGGAACCGGUAUGUCAUUCUCCUUUUUCAGAUGAGAAAACUGAGGCCCGGAGAAGUGAAAUGACUCGCCCGGGGUCUCGCAGCAGCAAGUGGUGGAGCUGGGAAUAUAGCCCGGGGACUCUCAUCCCUGGGCCCCUGCUCUUUCCACUAGGCCACGCUCCUUUCUGCUUUCAAGGGGCAGCUACCCCCUUCCU